AUGGCGACGUCAGCAGCGCCUGUCGACAUUAUUACUUCCCGCCAGAGCUCGAGCUCGCCCCGGAAUCAAACCUCAACCCUCACAUCUGCUCUCCAGAAUGCGGGCGCUCAGCCCAUCCAGGCCCCGACGUCUAUGACGCGCGGUGGCAACGAUGGCAAACUGAGCAUAGGCGGCCGCCAGGACUCGUACACCAACUACGGCUCUUACUAUGGCUCCGGUGCCAGGCCCAUCUCGGUCAAGGACCGGCCGAGGAGGGAGAGCACUACUGCUGGUAGCCUGCUAAAUGGAAUGAGCUGGGGAGGAGUUUCGGUCGGGAGCUGGAUUCGCGAUGACGAUGCUGCGAAGCAACAUUUCGAAGGUCUCCCACGUUCUGCUAGAGCUUCAGCUGACUUUGCAUUCAACAGCGUCAUCAUGGCUGGCACUUCUCCCUACACCUUCGGUCGGUCGCCCUCGUUUCACUCCUCGUCGUAUUUGCCCAAAAUGGAAGCCAACUUCAUGAAGGACUUCAACUGCUGCGGUCUCACCCUCGACUCACUGCAUGAAUUGCUACAACAUUUUGAAGAGUGUCACGCGCAGCCUUCUGCCACCAUGCAGAGGCCGUCGAUAUCUGGACAAGGCGGAUUUGGCCAUGUCGGCAGAAACUCGAUAACUUCUGGAAACAUAAUAAGUCCCCAACAGACGGAAAAUCACGCGACCAACCAACAACACGGCUUCCGGCCGCAGCAGUUCCAGUCGCCGAAUUAUGGUAACAAUGGCCUCAACAAGUCUCAGUUGUCGACUGUACAGGACAUGGAUACUCUUGAAGAUAUGGAAAUGGAUGACCCGCAGACGCCACUGGGCGGCCCACAGCAGUCUUUCCAGUCGCAACAAUCGCAAUUUGGUCAAAACAACGAUCGGCAUCCGCAGCUGAACAUCAACCUCGCAAAUACUGUUCAGAACCAAGGCUUCCGCACCUCCGCGCCAACCACUCCGUCUGGAGGUCACCCGGGAUUCCCUCUUCAGAACAAUCCCACUGUUUCUUCUGUGAACACACCGACGCUUGGCGGGCAUGUACAGCAGAAUAGGACCCCCGAUUCGUCGGUACCGGGCACUCCCGGCGAGUUUGACCAAGACCUGGGCAAUUACUUUGGCGGUAUGCAGAUGCCAAUGGGCUCACAAAUGAACAUGGGCGGCAGUGAUAUGAACUAUGGCAACGUGCCUGGGUUCUCGGGUGGAAUGGACGGUUUCGAUGGGACGAUAGACCAACCGGCAAAGCGGCUUUACAGCAAGCAAGGCGGAGGUCUCACGCCUCAGCAAUUGCAAUUUGCGCUUCGACAAGGCAAGUUGGGCACAGACAGCGAAAUCGCGAAGCAGGUACGCGCGCAGCACCUGGCGCUCAUGGCGGGCAACGGCCUAUUCCCAAGCGAGGAGAUCAAGCCGUUCAAGUGCCCCGUCAUCGGCUGCGAAAAAGCGUACAAGAACCAAAACGGCUUGAAAUACCACAAGCAGCACGGACAUCAAAACCAACAGCUCAAGGAGAAUGCCGACGGCACCUUUUCCAUUGUCGAUCCGGAGACCUCCGUGCCGUAUCCUGGCACGGUUGGAAUGGAGAAGGAAAAGCCGUACCGUUGCGAGACGUGCGGCAAGCGUUAUAAGAACCUUAAUGGUCUUAAAUACCAUCGCGCGCACUCGCCACCGUGCAACCCAGAGCUUAAGCUUAAUGCCAUGAACCUCGCUGGUUUGGCGCCGAACCUGCAGGGCAUGAAUGUCAAUGUCGCCGGUGCCGGUCUCGCCGGCAUGGGCGAUAACAUGUUCUGA